CAUGAGCACCGUGGAGCUCUCAACUACGCGGAAAAAUUAUUGAGUGCAAAACGGAAAAGCGAUUCACAACCAUCAAAACUAGUUCAAGUAUUUGCAAGCCAAAUUGACCAACAAAAUUGAUGAAUGAAUUCCUCGGCUACUUAUAGAAACACAAAACCGGCGCCUGUCCAUACAUGCCUACAUAGUAGUAUAGUAUAGACAAUAGAUACAAAUCAGAGUGCAAUUCCCGCAAUAAACAAGCAACCAGAAAAUCGUAGCACCCAAGUAAUUUAGUAACUAGAAAAACAUUAUGGAUAAUUGGAACGUUUUGGCAGCGCAAACCUCAUCCCAGGCUAUUGGACGAGAUGGCACCGGGACAGUCAAGACGCGUCUGACCAUUGAGAAGCUGCCCGACAAGGUGCUGCUGCACAUAUUCUCAUAUCUAUCGCACCGAGAGAUUUGUCGCCUGGCCCGCAUCUGUCGGCGCUGGCGCAAGAUCGCCUAUGACACGUGCCUGUGGAAGAAUGUAUCGUUGCGUCCGGAGAUCUCUGGACUGCAUGUCGGUUCUCUGGAGAUGCUGCUCAGCCUAAUCUCGGUGAGAUUUGGGCCAACUUUGCGUUACAUUGAGCUGCCCAUUGAGCUGAUUACACAUACGGUGCUCCACGAGCUGUCUGCCAAGUGUCCGAAUCUAACACACAUGCUGCUGGACUUCUCAACGGCCAUGCAAUUGCAUGAUUUCAGCGAGAUGCAGGCUUUUCCCACCAAGUUGCGCUAUAUGUGCGUCUGUCUGUCCGAGGUGAUCUUCAUGGAGGGUUUCAUGCGAAAGAUCUACAACUUCAUUAAUGGCUUGGAGGUGCUGCACUUGGUGGGCACCUAUGAGAAGUGCGAGGAGGAGGAGGAGGAAAUCUAUGAAGUCAUCAAUGUGCACAAACUGAAGUCGGCCACGCCCAACUUGCGUGUUAUCAAUUUGUAUGGCAUCAAUUUCAUCGAUGACUCGCACAUCGAUGCCUUCAGUUCCAACUGCAUCCAGCUGGAAUGCCUCGCUGUCAAUUUUUGCAACAAGGUUACAGGCUCCACCCUGAAGACGUUGGUGCAGCGCUCCAAGCGCCUGACCUGUCUGCUGAUGAAUGGCACCAGCCUCAAGUCGGAGUUUGUGAUGCAGGUGGAGUGGGAUAAAUGUGCGCUGCUGGAACUGGACAUUACAGCCACCGAUCUGACCAGCGAGUGCCUAGCGGACAUGUUGACGCGUAUACCCAAUCUGAAGUUCUUGUCCGCUGGCCAAAUCAACGGAUUCAACGAUACCGUCCUGAAACAAUGGAUGGAGUUGGGCAAUGUCAGAUCCCUCACAUCAUUGGAUUUGGACUCCUCGGAUAAUAUCACAGAUGAGGGCUUGCUGAAGUUCUUGCAGCGUUAUGGCCAUCAGAUGAGCGCUUGCUGCCUCUCCGGCAUGCCUCACAUUACGGAUCAACUAUGGAUGAGCAUACUGCCCGUUCUGGGCAACUGCAAAAUAAUCGUGAUGGGCACCGCUGAGAAGCUGGGCGUCAAUAUACACGUGGAUCAGCUGAUGGAUACCAUUGCCUCCAACUGUGGCAACUUGGAGCGUCUGGAGCUGCGUUGGGAUCCGGAUAAUUUGCGUUUCUCCGACAAAAGCCAGAAGGCAAUUGAUAUUCUACGUGUCAAGUGCCUCAAGCUGCGCUGCAUGGUCUUGAGCGAUGGUCGUUACUAUGAAACGGUGAAGGCCAACUUCGAGCGUGCAGAUCGCAUUACGGUGGUGCGCACCACAACCUGUUGUCGCGUCUCGCCGUAUCAUCUGUUGCGCAACUACAACGACUUGAUUUUCAACUAGAGGAGCGAGUGGCAAAUUCGCGUCAGAAGUUAAAUAAAUGGUGUUCUAUGUUAAAUUAUCGUUGUAUCCUAGUUAAAGAAAAACAUAUUUGAUAAACUCGAACAUUAAA